AUGGGACGGAAAAAGAUACAGAUUUCCCGGAUAACGGAUGAACGGAACCGGCAGGUGACGUUCAACAAGCGCAAAUUUGGGGUGAUGAAAAAGGCGUACGAACUGUCGGUGCUGUGUGACUGCGAGAUCGCGCUGAUCAUCUUCAGCAGCAGCAACAAACUGUACCAGUACGCUAGCACGGACAUGGACAAAGUGCUGCUAAAGUAUACCGAGUACAACGAGCCGCACGAGUCGCUGACGAACAAGAACAUCAUUGAGUUGCAGGUGAACGCGCAGAAAGAGAACAAAAAUGGCACCAUGUCGCCGGACUCGCCGGAACCGGAGGAUAGCUACAAUCUCACCCCGCGCACGGAGGCAAAGUACAACAAAAUGGAUGAAGACUUCCAGAUCAUGAUGCAGCGCAACCAGCAGCUGUCGGCCAGCGGUGGUGGCGGCGGCGGAAGUGGCGGCGGCAGUGGCGGCGGCGGCGGCGGCGGCGGUGGCGGCGGGCGCUCGAGCAUGGCCACCAACAGCUACACGCUGCCGGUGUCCGUGCCCGUGUCGGUGCCGGUGAUCGGAACGUACAACGACUCGAUGCUCCAGAGCAGCCCGCAGAUGGCACACAAUAGUAUUAGUCCCCGGCCGUCCAGCUCGGAAACCGAUUCGGUCUACCCAUCUGGCGGCAUCUUGGAAAUGUCCAACGGAUACCCCCAUUCGGCGUCACCCCUUGGCGGAUCGCCGAGCCCCGGCCCGAGUCCAGGUAUUGGCGCGCAUCAGGCACACAAUAAUAAUAACAACAACAAUAACACCCAUAACACCCAUAACAAAAAGUUCCAUUUUGAUAACGCAGUCCAAACGAUAAAGCAAAGCCCAUCGGGCGGUAGCGGAAGCUCCGGCUCACGGUCGACCAAUCUGCGAGUAGUCAUCCCGACGCCCAUGAACCCGACCGUCAGUGCGGACGACAUUUCUUACGUGGAGCACACGGCCCGGCAACAGACGAAUUUAAACACACCGGUAGUGGCACUGCAGACACCGAUUCCGGGACUGACGAACUACACGACCACCCUGGGGUCGUUCGGGGCGCAGGACUUUUCGCUCAACUCCGACAUCAUGAUCGGUCCGUGGGGCGCUACGUCCAACCACAGCCAAAACACAUCGGCCGCAGCAGCCGCGGCCGCCAUGGGCAGCUUGCAGCACUCUAGAAUACUUUUCAGCGGGUUGCCCCACCUAGCCGUGUCCAACAGUACGCCACCUCCCUCGACUUCGCCCCUCUCGGUGAAGAUUAAGGCGGAACCGAUCUCACCGCCGCGGGAGCACCACAGCAACGCGUCGCAUCACCACGGCAUACCCGGUGGUGGUGGUGGUGGCGGCGGCGGAACCAAUGGCGCUACCAGUGCGAAUGGACCAGCGAGCAGUGGCGUGAACAGCGCACCCAACCAGCCAAGCAGCCAGCACACGAACGGAAACAAUGCGCAGCAACUGACGGUGAGCUCGAUGGGCGGCAACGUGGUGGUCAGUGGAGGCGGUUCGGCCGCGGGUUCGUUAGGCGCCAACCUCAACCACAGCCACAUGAUACACUCGAGACCUUCCUCGACCGGCCACCUAACACCGACACCUGAUUCCUAUAUGCCGAUCGGGGGGCAUUUGGGAGGUUCGGUGACGCCAACCAACGCACCGUCGCCGGUCGACAUCAGGCAUCUCAGCACCGGUGGCAGCCAUCUACCCGAGUACGAUGCUCCGUCCGCCCAGGCGCAUAAAAGACCAAGAAUAUCGGAGGGUUGGGCGACAUAGCCCCUAAAGACUGGCGGCGGCGGCGGCGGCGGCUCCCGUGGCGAUGGUGGCCAUUGCUAUCUGGAUGAUAACUCGAACCAGGUCGUGAUAAUUGAGGCAGACAAUGGCACUGGAAGCACCAACCUGACCACACACAAGCCUCUCCAGCAACAGCUUCACGGUCACCACAACCAUCAUUACCAUCAUUUGCAGCAACUCCAGCAACAGCAACACAUUUCGUCGCAAUUGUUGCAUCCUUUCUAUAACCAGCAGCAGCAGCAUCAUCAUCAUCAUCAUCAACUCCAACGCCAGCAGCAGCAGCAGCAGCAGCAGCAGCAUCUGUCCAGCAGCAACAGCAACAGCAACCAUGGCUAUUCCAGCCAACCGACGUCGCCAUAUCACAACCAUAAUAGUAACAGCAGUGAAGCGAAGCACCUGUCCGCGGGACACUCACCGUCACCCUCGCUGAACGGCGGCGGCGGUGUCACAGUCGAUGCUCAGUCACAACAGUCCAUCGCCGUCGCCUCGAUGCCACCACACUACUAAGCGGUGCUGGUGUCAGCAGCGUGUUGGCUAAUUCUUGAUGAAGGAUUUCGGAUCCCGAAUCCCGGGUCUGUUGUUGGACACACAUGGGCGCACACAGCACACAGCACACCAUUUUGAUAGUGGAGUGGACACUUUAUUUUUAUCGGAUGUUUUUGAGCUCCGUCCCCCAGUCGAAGAAUUUGCCUUGGACCUUUUAUUGUGCAAUAUUAUAGAACUGUUUGGGUUUUUCGGUUUGGAUCUGUGAACCGGUUUAGUCCGCGGGCCACAAAAGAACCGCUCGGCCGUUCUUUUGGUCGGAUAAGUAAGCAGUAAAGUAUGUUGUGUGUUUAGCGCAGGGAACGAACUCUCCGGGUCAAGGUGACCUGGUGGCCAAAGAAUAUCGGGAAUUGAUUUGUAAAUCCAAAAAUUCUUUAUUUAUCAAAGAAGUAGCUUAUCAGUUGAUGCUGCUUGAUGGUCGUUCUGGCACUUUCCCGCGACAUGCAACACUCUCAACUCUUUGAAACGCAAAAAAGUCUUUGUCACUAUCGGAAUCAUACAAAAGUUCAAAUUGAAAGUUCCCGAUAUUUUUUGGCCAUACCUGGUAUGCGUGUAUGCUGAGGCAUAUCUUUCUGCGUGUACACGCGUGGCAAUUGUGGCCAUUCCUUUUCGGAUUCUUGUGAGGUGCAACUCGAACAGAAGCACCCGAUUGCCCGGUCCGGCGAUGUGAUCCAUAAUGGACCGAUCGAUCGAUCGUUCAGAGCGUAUCUUUUAUGACAUCAGUGUGCGUGAGUGUGCCUGUUUGUGAGUGUCCCGUGUUGCGCAGCAGCAGUAGUAGCUGGUGGUGAUGCCAUAUAUGCCGUAAUAUAAAACAUUGAUCCCGAGCCAGACAUAUCAAUUCAGAGGGAGGAUUCAUCCAACUCCCGUUGGUUGGGAUGAGUAUAGGACGUAAUUAAAACUGUCUCGCCAGUCUCACAAACAGAGGAGCGGAAAAAAUACUAGUGUGUGUCUGUGUGUGUGUGUUGAUGUGAAGAGCGCUCCGUAACAGAGAACGGAAAAAGUCCGAUAUCUACACAAUAACUGAUGAUAGAACUCUAAGGAUAGGACAACAAGGAUAUGGCGAGAUGGCUCAUACUGAAGAUAGUGAAAGCGGUACGGAAUGACGCACGUUGAAUUCUUCAUAGAAUGGGACAAACAAUUACACACACACAGACACAGGCAGUCUCGACUCUGGUAUGGGAUGGAAACAAAUGUACUCUAGCGAUAAAGUAUAAGCGAUGGAUAUUUCUCACAUCGUUAAAAAACACACACACAAAACACAGCGCGAGAGAGAGAGAGAAAGAGAAAGAGAGACAAAGUCGAAAAUCGGCAAAUCUGAAGAAGAGAAUUGCGAAAAAUACAAAUAUGAAAACAGCAUAGUAAAGAAAACAAAAAAACUGUAACAACUAGUUUGUGUGCCAUUAAUAGGAUUACUUCUCUGUAUAUUUUACAAUUUAGUGACACGAACAAACCAAGGCAGGGGAGAAAACAAAGGGAGAAAGAGAGAGAGAGAGAGAGAGAGAGAGAGAGAGGGAGAGAAAAAGAGGUGACAGAAGACAUGUCGUAAAGGACAACACACUUAGCCUUAGUAGAACAUUAAACUUAGACCACCAUGAAACAAACCGGCAAAUCCGGCGAUCCGGAAAGCAGAAGCCGUGCGGGCCGCGCUGUGCCGUGCCGCGCCGCGUGCCGUUACUUUCGUUUGAAUAGCCACGUUUUUCUACGUUUUUCUCGGUGUUUUUGGUCUUCCCUCCGCGUCCUCAGUUAGUAUCAAGCCUUGUCGUUUGCGUUUUGAUUUUAACCAUUACUAGUGACUAUUACGUUUGAUCGUACGAUCUGUGUUUGUGGUGCAAAACCUAACACACACAGACACGCGCACACACACAAGCGUGGUUUCGUAAACCGUGUGUGAUGAUCGCACGUUGUUGCGUGUGAUCGUUGUGCAAACGGAUCGUGCAAUAUCUUCAAUAUGUGUGCUUCAGCUUCAGCUCUCUCCGUUUUGAUCGCCACUGAUUAAAAAAGUCAAUAGUUCAUAGAGCACGCAUGAUAGUAGAUGUUUAGUUUUUGCCACGACCGAGUUCUACCGAUUUCAUUUACUUUCUGACUGGCUGGCGCCGGGAGAACUGAAGCAAAUUCGCACGCGCGCGUGUGUGUGCGGGUGUGUAUGUGUGUAUUUGUGCGCGUGUUUGUUCAUAAGGAUAAGAUCCAGAGCCAGUGGUUAGGCCUCUAGGGUUAGGGCUAGUGCUACAAAGAAUGAUAUUUAUUUGAUCUACUCUAUACGGACCUACUACUAUACCAAGUAACAGCCCUUUCAAUAAGCUAUGUCGUGUUUUUGCCAAGUUCGUUUUAGUUCUUUCUUUGUUUUAUUUUUAUUUUACACAACCUGAAAAACCCCGUUUUACUUUGUGUUACUCUGUUUAUCAUCAGUGGAUAUCGUUCUUUUAACGAAAAAAAAAACAGUGUAAAUGGUAGCAAAAGCGCAAACAGUGGUCGCUAGCCGGUGGUGUCUGGUGCUUUGCGCAGCUUUAAGGACCUCUUGAGCUGCUGCGAUUCAGAUGCGCGCCAAAGCAGUCCUUAUCGGCACACGGUUCGGCUAGCGACCGCUGGCUGCGUUGCCGUGUGUGUGUACUUUGCGUAGGUUGAGAAUAGCGUUUUCUUCUUUUCCAGUCAUAGAGUUAUGUUAUUGCAAUAGUUUGUUUUUUUGUUUCGUGUGUGCAUCCGCGCUCUCCGCAACGGAGCGCGAGUCAGCGAAAAAGGGAAGCAAAAGCCUUGAAAAGAAUCAUUGAAAGUAAAGAAAAUUGUCUUAUUU